CGUGGGGGCUGGCUUACCUGGAGGCCUGGUCCGGGCCGGUAGGCUGGUGGCCAGGGUGAGCCCAGCGCAGUCCGCGCGUCGCCGGGACUGUGCGGCCACACCUACCCCUCUCCGUGUUCUCAGCAGCCCGGUCAUGGAGCGUCAGGUCCAGCGGCUUCGCCAGGCGUUCCGGUCCGGCCGAUCGCGGCCGCUGCGCUUCCGACAGCAGCAGCUCGAGGCCCUGCGGAGGAUGGUGCAGGAGUGCGAGAAGGACAUCUUGGCAGCCAUCGCGGCGGACCUGAGCAAGAGCGAACUCAAUGCCUACAGCCACGAAGUCAUUACCAUCCUUGGGGAAAUUGAUUUUAUGCUCGCAAAUCUUCCUGAAUUGGCUUCUGCUAAACCAGCUAAGAAGAAUCUGCUUACCAUGUUGGAUGAGGCCUAUGUUCAGCCAGAGCCUCUGGGAGUCGUAUUGAUUAUUGGAGCUUGGAACUACCCUUUUGUUCUUAUCAUGCAGCCUCUGGUGGGAGCCAUCGCUGCAGGAAAUGCUGCGAUUGUUAAGCCUUCGGAACUAAGUGAAAACACAGCUAAACUCUUGGCUAAACUCCUCCCUCAGUAUUUAGACCAGGACCUGUAUGCGGUUGUUAAUGGUGGUGUUGCGGAGACCACGGAGCUCCUGAAGCAGCGGUUCGACCACAUUCUCUACACAGGCAACACCGCGGUGGGAAAGGUUGUUAUGGAAGCUGCUGCCAAGCAUCUGACCCCUGUGACCCUGGAACUCGGGGGGAAAAGCCCAUGCUACAUUGACAGAGACUGUGAUCUAGACGUCGCUUGCAGACGCAUAACCUGGGGAAAGUACAUGAACUGUGGUCAGACCUGCAUAGCUCCAGACUACGUCCUCUGCGAAGCCUCGCUCCAGGAGCAGAUCGUACAGAAGGUUAAGGAGACGGUGAAGGACUUUUAUGGGGAAAACAUAAAAGAGUCUCCUGAUUAUGAAAGGAUCAUCAAUCUUCGUCACUUUAAGAGGUUACAAGGUUUGCUUGAAGGACAGAAAAUAGCUUUUGGCGGGGAGACGGAUGAGGUCACACGCUACAUAGCCCCAACCGUACUUACUGAUGUUGAUCCUAAUUCCAAGGUGAUGCAGGAAGAAAUUUUUGGACCAAUUCUCCCAAUAGUGUCUGUGAAAAAUGUAGAUGAAGCCAUUAAUUUCAUAAAUGAUCGUGAAAAGCCCCUGGCGCUCUACGUGUUUUCUCAUAACAACAAGCUGAUCAGACGGGUGAUCGAGGAAACCUCCAGCGGUGGGGUCACAGGCAAUGAUGUCAUCAUGCACUUCACUGUCAAUUCUUUGCCCUUUGGAGGUGUGGGUGCCAGCGGAAUGGGGGCUUACCAUGGGAAAUACAGCUUUGACACCUUUUCUCAUCAGCGCCCCUGUUUAUUGAAAGGGUUAAAGGGAGAGAGCGCCAAUAAGCUCAGGUACCCUCCCAACAGCCAGUCCAAGCUCGGCUGGGCCAAGUUCUUCCUGCUGAAAAAGUUCAACAGAGCAGGGCUGCUGACGCUGCUGGUCACGUGCUUAGCUGUGAUUGCAGCCGUGUUCAUCAAGAAAUACCAAGCUCUGCCGAGGGGGAAUGCCCUGUUGGCUUCUCUGGCAGUUCACAGACUGCGCUGGCCCAGUAAACACUCAUGAUCAGAUCUCAGCUGUCUGUUGAGAGUGAGGAAUAUUUGUAAUGACUUCCUCGUAACCUCUACUGAAUCGUUCCUCUACCAAAUGCUUGACAAACCAAUACCUUUAAAAUUGUACCCAAACCAGGAAGUCACAGAUGUACUGCAAUCAAACCUAAGCCAUUGCCACUUACCGCUAAUGAAACUCACUGAGCCAAAUUCCAGCAUUUGUCAGCAGCGAAGGUACCGGGAGGACAUAGACUGUGCUGGGGGCGAGAACGUGCCACGUGAAGUCCCAGCUCCAUGGGUGGUGUCAGGGAGAAUGGUAGCUCCAGUUCAUAGCACUUCCCACUCCUGCGUCUUCUGCUCUCAGGCGGCAGCUGUCUGGAGAGGCGAGGUUAGUUCUUCCCAGCUCAUGUUAGGGGUUGAGGUCCUAAACUGGGGAAGUGGGUACGUCCACCUCAUCUACUGUGCCAAGACUCUGACCUUCAGGAACUGGCUCUCCAUUUAAACAUCCUUUCUUGUUCAUUGCACAUCACCUGAAGUCUGUCGUGACUGUCCACAGUGCCUUUAUGAUGACAUCAGCUAUACCGAGCCUCUUGUCAGGAAGCAGUGCUUUCUUUGUGAAUGCCACUGAGAACAUCUUGUAGUCACAGCUGUUCCAGAGGCCAAGGUUAGAAGAUCCCUGAGCCCAGGAGUUUGGGACCAGCCUAGGCUACAUGGUGAGGAACCCCACCCCCCAUUCUCCAUAAAGACCCUUCGAGAUCCUAAAGUUGAAUGUCACAUAGAUCUUCAAGGAUAAAUCUUUUCUUGUUUUCAAAGCACAAUGCAAGGAAACUUCACUUUUUAAAUUUUAGAGGGAUCCCUUUCUGAAUAAAUUUAGCCUACAGAUCUUAAAGUGUGGUCCAGCUCCUGUCCUGAAAAGGGGAUGUUAGGAUCGGAGGCUUCAGAAGGCACGGGACAGAGACUGUUGGAGAUUGCUGUGAGCUGGUGGGACACACUGAAGGGAUGGGACGAUAAGAAGAGCUCCCGAGCACGUGGGGCAUUGUUCUCAUUCAUAUCCUGAUGUGGCCAAGCGGGGCAGUGGCAAAAGAGAUCAGUGUGGAGCUCAGCUCUCUGCUGCCAGGGCCUGGCUGCACCCCAACCCCAAGCUGCAGAGCUCCCACUGCCUUCCUGGGAUCCAGAUUAAGACUUGAUCCCACUCAAUGAGAAUGUAACUUGCUUUAUUGACUGUAUAACCAUCUUUGCUGAAUAACCUGUUCCAUCACUGAAGCUGUCUGAAGGGUGUUGUCUCUACAAAAGUAUGAGGUAUCAAAACAAAAACAAACCAUUGUCCUAUUUAGCAAGUAGUUGCUUAUGUGACAAUUGUCAUAGACUAAUCAUAAAAUAUUUUGCACAAAAUUCCAAUGUAGAAUUUGCUCUUACUAUUACGUUAAAUUAUAAAUCAUAACUUCUAAUUAUACUAGAAUACUUACAUACUAUACUAAUCUUCAAAAUAAAUGUUUUUCAUAAAUUA